AUGCUAGCCUUGUAUGUAGACAGAGAGACAGACAGAUAGAUAUAUUACUAUUAUUAUUGUGUGUGUGAGUGUGUGGUGCCUUGUCUGGGCUGGCUUCUGUGGGAUUGCUAGCCUUGUAUGUAGAUAGACAGACAGACAGAUAGAUAUAUUACUGUUAUUAUUGUGUGUGUGAGUGUGUGGUGCCUUGUCUGUGCUUUGUAUAGGACUGCCAGUCUCACAGAUAGAUAUAUAAACUUAAUUCUCACUGAAGUACCCCCAUACCUUAUCUUCUAUAGGACUGCUAACCUGACAGAUAGAUAGAUUAACAAACCAAUUUCCUUACAGUACAAUCAAGUACCCCCAAACCUUGCCUUCUGUGGGACUGCCAGCCUGACAGAUAGAUAAACAAAUGAAUUUCUUUACAAUACACUCCAGUACCCCUAAACCUUCUCUUGUCAUCCCCAGGUCUGUCUAAAUUUCGCGUCACUUCAGUCACCGGCAAGCCUCUCCCUUCCCCUCGGCUCAUUUCCGCCAACAUGCACAAGACGUGUCUGCACCGCAUGUCCGCUAUACCCUAAUGGUCAUGCAGUGGGGCCAGUUUAUUGACCAUGAUAUUAUUUUCACCCCCAUCAACAAAGGUUUCCAAGACUCGAUUCUGGAUUGCCGCAGAUGUGACUCUCCCCAGACAGUCCACCCUGAGUGUUUCCCCAUAGCCAUUCCUCAGAACGAUCCAUUUUUCCCUCCUGUCAAUAUAUCAUCUGGCCAGCCAUUCUGCAUCCCCCUGACCCGCUCCAUGCCAGGCCAGCUGACUCUAGGCUACCGGGAGCAAAUGAACCAAGUGACUGCCUUCAUCGACGCCUCUCACACCUAUGGCUCGGACAAGUGUGAGCAGCAGCAACUGAGGACCAAGUCAGACGGCAUGCUACGAGGCACACCCAACCCCCUGCGAGGCAAAGACCUGCUGCCCACUGAGAAUGAGAACCACGAGUGUCAGGCUCCCUCUGGCCGGUGCUUCACUGGAGGUUAGUGUUUGGCUGAGGUUAGCUUAGGUAAGGUUAGGUAAGGUUACUGUUUGCAUUGCUUACUAGAUGAUGUCACUGUCUACAUAUGACUGAGAGAGAGAGAGAGAGAGAGAGAGAGAGAGAGAGAGAGAGAGAGAGAGAGAGAGAGAGAGAGAGAGAGAGAGAGAGAGAGAGAGAGAGAGAGAGAGAGAGAGAGAGAGAGAGAGAGAGAGAGAGAGAGAGAGAGAGAGAGAGAGAGAGAGAGAGAGAGAGAGAGAGAGAGAGAGAGAGAGAGAGAGAGAGAGAGAGAGAGAGAGAGUCUUUAAAGAGUCAUUUAUGUGUAUGUGAUUGACUGAAUGGGUGAAUGAGAGAGAGGAAGAGAAAC